AUGGCUCCAAUUGCAAUUUCAUCUCUUAACCUUGGUGCCAAGCACAUGAUUAGGUUGUCUUCAAUGACCUCAAGAAGCUCCAAAUUGUUUCUAUCGUAUACCUCAAUGAAAAAAUCGUCAAUGGAACAGGACUACUAUGCCAGCUUUGCCCUUCAUAACGAGUCUCUCGAUAAUAGCCACGCUGAAUUUGUUUCCACUAAUGCAGGCGGUAAAGUUGAGUCUGGCGAGAUGCAUUUUGUCAAAAACUCCCACAAUGCAAAUACCUCUCCAAGUGACGUCAAGGACGGAGAGUUUACACCAACUGUUUCCUCCACAAACGACAUCUCUGGACAUGGCCACUCUCAUGCUUAG